UUAAAGGAUCUCGGGACGCUGGAGUCGCUGGGCUGGGUCCGGCCUGCGGGAGGUCAGGCGCCCGAGGACGCUAACCGAGAGCCCCUCACAUGACUGUGCACAAGGAGAGCAUUGCAUGAGCCCAGGCACCCAUGGCAUCCAAAGACAAAGACACAGUGCCCUGGCUGGACGCCCCCUGGGAUGCCAUCCUCCAGGCUGCCAAAGACCAGCUCCCAUCCCUGGACUCCGACUCCUCCUUGUCAGACUUCAAUGAUGAGGAGCCAUUCAUCUUCCAGCGAAACCAACCUGUGCUGAUUCCAGACCUGGCUGAGGAACUGGCUGAAGACCCUGGCAGUAGUGACAAAUCUGAGACCUGGGCCCCUGGAGCUGAAAGGCCUCUGCCUGAGUCAGCUGUGCAGCCUGUGGGACUCACUGCAGAGCCUGUGUGUGAGCAGAAUGCAUGGCCAAAGGAGCAGGCCUCUUGGGAAGGAGGGAGCCCUGGCCAGCAGCUCAAGAGCUGUACUGAGACCCGCGUUCUUCCUUCAGCAUCUGAGGGGACCCCUGCCUGGCAGGAAGGUGACCUUGGGAGCCUGUCCUUCAAUACCAAAGGAUUCCAGAAUCCUCCCUGGGGUCUGCAGGGAGAAGCUACUUCUGCCCCUGAAGGACAGCCAAAGACAGAGCCCCUGGGUACUUCCUGGCAGGACUGUGCAAAUCACAGAGCCCUCCGCCAGGAGAGGAGGAGGAGGAUAGAGAAGCAUGUACUCCACAAAGUAACCUGGGGUCCCCAGAGUCCAGCCUGUGGUGACAAAGGCCCAGCUGCAGAGUCAGAUCCCAGGCCAUGGGAAGGCCGGCCAGUACUCUCGCUCCAGCAACUUGAAGAGUGGGAUUUGGAUUAUAUCCUUCAGAGUCUGCCACCGAGAGAGGACAGCCAGGGAAAUCGUGCACCCAGAAGCGCGUGGUGGGCAGCAGAGCUCCGCCAAGGACAAGCCCCAGACCACAUUGUGCCACGAUCCCAGGACAGGCUUCUGGAACAGCUGGUCCUCUGGUGUGCCACGCAGCAUGGAGCCCCCACCUCUGCCCAGAAGGUGCCUGCCCACGUGCCCAAAGACACCAAAGAACAGGAGGCCGGAAGCGGAUGUACUUCUGUGAAGCUGGGCUUUCAGGCUGUGCCAAGCCAGAAGUUAGCUGGGGACAUGAGGCUGAAGACAGAGCCACCUACUAUCUUCAUUGACCUGCGACAAACAGAGCCACCAGAGCCUCAAGACCAGUCUCCAGAAAGGCUCAGCCACAGCUCCUCUGACAGUGAGGAGGAUGAGGAGGAAGGGGAGGAGGACACAGUACAUUCAGGAGACCAGCAGGGCCCAGUGCAGCAUGCAUCUCUUUCCUCCUGGGGGCGGGAUUGCACUGGCAAGAGUUGGCUUCUGCAGCAGCUGAGGGCAUUUCGGAAGGGAACAGCUGUGCCCCAACUGCCUGCGAGCAAGGGUAGCCACGGCCAGAGAGGUCAGGUCAUGGGAGAUGUGGCCAGAUGGAGAAGUGAGAGGAAGGAAGACGCGAAGUGUCCAGACCAGACUCCCAGGAGGACAUCCCGGGGCCCUGAAACCAGGGUCAGCCAGGGAGACCCUGGUGCCUCGUCUGGGCCAGUUACAGGCUCCUCAGAUGAAGGCGUGCACCUUCAUCAGGACCAGUGAGAGCUGAGGCCCGGCCUGGACAGGAGAUGCCUGUUUUCUCCCCACCGUGUUACCCUGUGAGCCUUACCCCUCACCUCCCACCUUUUAUGACUGCCUUCUCAGUCCCAAUCAGCAGCACCUUUGACCUCUUGCUAAUCAGUCUCCAGGAUGCUGCCCCAAUGUGGGCAUGGAACAGCAAAAAAAUCACUGUCAUUCCAUGCCACAGGUGUAGGGUGCAACACAGGGUUCAGCUGCCACAGUGCUGAAGGAGCCCAGGGAUCCCCUUAUAGCAAGUUCUGAGCGGGGAAAAGACACUGCCCAGCCCUGGCCAACUCAGCCAGCGGCGCCCUCACACAGACACCAGCCACAGACAGCCAAAAUCGGGGCCUCAGACUCCUGUUCUCCAGACCACCCCCCACAGCUCCCACUCCCAGCCAAAAGGGGCAUCUCCAUUGGCUUCCACAAAGGCCAAAUAAGGGCCCCUGGCUCCACAGAGGCCAAAGGAAGCUGCUCCUGCAGGCCUGGGCCAGGCCACUUGGUCUUGCCCUCCACCUGCUGCAGCUGUUGAACUGUCAGCAGCAAAGGUGCUUGUCCCCUCUUUAACUUCACGUUCUCUCAUCGGCAUGCCUCUUCAUGCCAGGAAGUUUAGAGUGUUUACAGUAAUAAAAAGUAAAGUUUGGUCCAAGUUCAGCUCUGCUGUGUGUCAGAGUAAGUUGGAGGGAAGAUGGGGUGGGCUUUGGCUUCAAGGCCAGCUGGGACAGUGCUCCAUGCCAAGGAGUCAUGGAAGCUGUCUCACAGCACAGGCACCCAGAACCGGAACCCUUUCAUCCACACCAUCAGGGGGUGAUGGUCAUGUUGUUCAUCAGAGGGUGAGCAGUACCAGCCUAGCCUGGAACAGAAGGGGGAGCCCCUGCAGUGGGCAAGCAGACAGGAUGGCUCUGUGGGAGACACCCACUAAGGAGGGGAUGGCUCUGUGGGCAGCGUCCUGCAGGAGCCCCUAGGCAGAAGUGCAACAAGCCCAGGCCUUGGUGAGGUCUGAACAUCUUGCAGCCAGCCCAGCUACAUCCAGGAGGUUUUUGGUUUUUAUGACAGAGAAUUCAACCCAGGGCCUUUCAACAGAGCUGUGUCCCCCACCCAGCUCCCCUUUUUGUUGAGAUAGGAUCUUGCUAAAUUGCCCAGCUAGGCUCAAACUUAUGAUCUUCUUGCCUCAGUCUCCCAGAGUGGUGGAAAUACAGGUGUGCACCACCACUCCCAGCUUCUGAGAGACACUCGCUUUGGCUGCAUCAGAUGUCAGCUGUGGGCCUAUGUCAGAUGACUCUACCCCUUCAUAGCCCUCUUCCAGCAGGUCUGUGAGGGGCCCUCCCCUACCUAUGACCACAUAGUCUGAGACUACACAUGUGCAAGCCCAGCUUUUCUCCUUUAUAAGUACUUUCCCUGUACCUUCAGGGGUUCAUCCCAGGUACAGUUUCCCCCUUAGGCUGUAGCCUAAGGAUAAUAAA